UCUUUUUCGAAUCACCCCAUCGAGCACCUUGAAGCACAGAAGAUUUAUACAUCCAUCUUUUCACUGAUCAGUUUUCUUCCAUAAGGAAAAACAAAAUGGCAGUUCAAGAUUCAGCUUUUUUCACAUCUACUACCAAUCGCAUCAACUCUGCCAAUUACCAUCCUGCAAUCUGGGGAGAUUAUUUUCUCACACCUGUUUCUGACUCCAAGACAACAGAUACUUCAAUCCAACAGCCAUUCGAAGUACUGAAACAGGAAGUAAGAAGGAUGCUAAGAGAUGAUAGUGAUGAGUCUUCCCAGAAAUUGCACUUGAUUAAUAGAAUACAACGUUUAGGCGUUGCUUACCAUUUUACGAGUGAGAUUGAAGAUGCAUUAGAAAAAAUCUGCCAUGACUAUUCCAGUGAUGGGAAUGAUCUGUAUACUGCUGCUCUUUGGUUUCGACUUCUUAGACAGCAAGGGAUUAAAGUUUCAUCUGAUAUAUUCGCAAAAUUCAAAGACAGUGAAGGGGAGUUCAAGGAGUCCUUGAAACAAGAUGUGGAUGGCAUGCUAAGUUUAUAUGAGGCUGCACAUCUUGGAAUACGAGGAGAGGACAUAUUGGACGAAGCCAUAGCUUUCACUACCGCAAACCUUUACUCAUUAUUGCCUCAAUUAAGCCCUCAUCUUGCACAGCAGGUGAGCCAUGCCCUGAACCGCCCCAUUCACAGAUGUCUGCCAAGGUUAGAGGCAAGGCACUAUAUUGACGCCUACAAAUGGGAUAAAUCAUACAACACAACAUUAUUAGAGUUUGCCAAGUUAGAUUUCAACAGGUUGCAGGAAGUGCAUCAGAAGGAACUAAAUGGCAUCACAGAGUGGUGGAAGAAUUUGGAUUUCGCAGCAAAGCUGCCCUAUGCAAGGGACAGACUUGUGGAGUGCUUUUUCUUAAGUGUUGGAGUGUACUUUGAGCCCCAAUAUUCAAUUGCAAGGAAGAACCUGGCUAAAGUGAUGUCCAUGGCAACCAUUUUAGAUGAUACUUAUGAUAACUAUGCUACAUGUGAAGAACUUGAGCUCUUUACAGAUGCUAUAGAACGGUGGGAUAUUAAGGCCAUUGACACGCUUCCAGAGUACAUGAAAAUGAUUUAUGCCUCUAUGCUUGAUCUCUACAAUGAAAUUGAAGAGAGCAUUGCUGAAGAAGGAAGCUCAUACUGUGUGCAUUAUGCAAAAGAAGCUAUAAAGAGAAUGUUGCGAAGCUACUUAGCAGAAGCGAAGUGGCGCAAUGAAGGCUAUGUUCCAACAAUGGAGGAGUAUUUACAAGUAUCGCAUUAUCCAAUGGUUACAACAACAUCCUUCCUCAGCAUGGGGAAAGUAGCAACAACGGAUGCCUUUGAGUGGGUGUCCAAUGACCCUAAGAUUAUUAGAGCUUUAUCACUCUUGUGCAGGCUCAUGAACGACAUUGUAUCCCAUGAGUUCGAGAAGAACAGAGAACAUGCCCCAUCAAGUGUUGAAUGCUACAUGAAGCAGCACGGAGUUUCAGAAGAAGAGACAGUUAAAUUGUUUCGAGAAGAGAUUGCAAAUGCAUGGAAAGAUAUCAAUGAGGAGUGGCUGAAACCAACCCCAGCUCCAAGGCCCCUUUUGGAGAGAAUUAUGAAUCUUGCACGUGCAAUGGAUGUCAUCUACAAGGAUGGCGAUGGAUUCACAAACUCUUACAUUUUGAAGGACUAUGUUGCCUCAUUGCUUAAGGACCCUGUGCUCUGAACUGCGUUAUACCAUUUCUCUAGCAAUCUAUAAUUAUAUUGGAUAAAAAAAAGUACGAAGGCGUUUAAAAAAUUUGGAUAAUAAAGGCGAUUGCUAAAUAGCAAUCUAUAAUUAUAUUGGAUAAAAAAAAAAUGUAUGAAGGUGUUUAAAAAAUUUGAAUAAUAAAGGCCAUUGCUAUAUA